UCAACAAGCGAAACGCGUCAGUCCAUUCUGACUUUCCAUCCGCACUGUUAUUAAAAGCGUGCCCGACAGAGACGCUAAAUGUGGAGCAUGCAUUGAACUGAGAAGACGUAUUUGAGUUUAAUUCCUUUGCGAUAUUUACCAAGACGCGUUUCAACGAAAGAUAAUGAAUGAUAUAAAAGUUGCUGUUCUGGGAUCAGAGGGUGUCGGAAAAUCAGCACUUAUUGUUCGAUUUCUAACCAGACGAUUUAUUGGAGAAUAUGCAUCAUCAUCGGAGUGCAUUUACAGAAAGCGCAUGUCUAUUGAUGGAAGGCAGCUUAAUCUUGAACUUUACGAUCCCUGUUCACAGCCAUGUGAGGGGAAGUCCAAUCUUAAGGAGCAGAUCCACUGGGCCGAUGGCUUUGUGGUCAUUUAUGACAUCAGCGAUCGUUCCUCCUUCCUUACGGCCACAGCUAUCGUGCACCUGAUCCGAGAGCUUCACCUGGGAGCGGCUAAAAGGGACACAGACUCUUUGAUUUUCUUGGUGGGCAAUAAGCAAGACUUGUGCCACAUGAGGGAGGUCGAUAGGGAGGAAGGCCAGAGGCUGGCAUCUGAGUGCCGAUGCCAGUUUUACGAGUUGUCUGCAGCAGAGCAUUACCAGGAGGUUGUGCUCAUGUUUUCCAAGAUUGUGCGCAAUGCCAGUCUGGGAGGCAAGGUCAAGGAGCGUCGCCGGCGCCCCAGUGGCUCCAAGUCCAUGGCCAAGCUCAUCAACAAUGUCUUUGGAAAACGGCGGAAAUCCGUUUGAGACAAACCUGAAAAUGGACAGUGGUAACAGGAUACAUAUGAGAUGGCAGGUGGCAGCACGUCAAACAUGUUUAAAUGGGUGAAUCUCACAAUACCUGUGAAGAACAUUUCCUAGUCAUAUUACACCCCAAAAUCGAAGGAACAAAAUAAAAAUAUAUAUUUUGCUUAAAGAAAAUGAAGCCUAUAUUUGGGACCAUUAAUAUCUUUUGCAUUGUGGAAUUAUUUUCAGUACAGCACCCCAACAAUUAUUAUUACAACCAUAAUGCAAAAUAAAAUAUUAUUUGCAUUAAUGUAAUGUGAAUUGUAUUUAAAUUGUAAAAUAUGUAUACAUAAUGGUAGUAUUUGUUGAACUGCCUUUAAUCUAAAAAGAAAAUUUAAAAUCAUUGUAUUAAUGUAUUUUAUUUUUAUUUUUUUUAUUAAAAAAAAAAAAAAAAUCUUCAUGGUCCCAAAAUAAGCUUCAGUUUCUUCUUGCAAAAUAUAUUUUCUUUUGAUAUGGGACAUGUUUUCAUGAAAUUCACAAAAAUAGUUCUUCACUGCUUAGCAUUUUUGCUAAUGCCUUGUCUUGACCUUAGAGUCUUUACCAUGCAUUUGUACUGGAGGACUGUGUGCAACUGAGCUUACUGUUCCUGUACAUCUCUUCUAUUUGCCUUAAAUGUUUCUUUGAUCACUUCUUUGGAUGUUUCAAAAACAGCUAAUGUUAAAGCUGAGGACACCACUUCAGUUUGAGGAAUGACGAAAAGGCUUAAAGCCAAAGUCAACUCUGAACUUGUGAAAUAUGGAUUAGCUUACUAUGUAAUCAUAGAUAAACUCUUUCAUGUGGUUCACUUACAAUUUUUGUAAGAAAUUAUUCACUCACUGUUUCAUGUAAUUUAAUCACUUUCAACAUAUAUGAUGCAAACAAUGACUGGCUAAUGGUGUCAUUAGGGGUUUUGGUAUUUAAAAUCUGUCAGAGAACUUCAAAUUAAUGUAAAAUAAAAAAAUAAAAAUCUGUGCAUUAAAAUGAUGCAAGAAUGUUGAUCAAGCAUCUUUUUAUCUUCUUGGAAUUUACAUCUGUAAAGGGGUUUGUUUCCUCAAAAUUAGGCAACGACUGACCUAUGUCCGGGAAAAUGUGAUCAGUAUGUAGUAUUGAACACUUUAUCUGUAACUCUGGCCAGAAAUGGUAUUACCGUUAAUGUUGUGCAAGAGUUUUAGGAAGUAAGUAAAUUCAGGAGAUAAUUUUGAACAGAUUUGGAUUCAGAAAAGAUGGCAACAAUUACUGAUGAGUCACAUAUGGUUAUAAUUUGUGCUAUACAUUACCAAAUGCA